GCCGCAAUGAUAUAUUUCCCCGAAUAUCAGAGCUUCGAGGGAAGGUAUGGGAGUUAUAACAUUGAGCUGGAAAAGGGUGUGAGCCUGUGAGGUGUGCGAUCAUUCAGUUCACACUACCCUCUCCAGAUCGACCCGCUUCCAACAACCUGCGUAAGGAGAAAGCAAAAACAAAGAGCCCCACAAAUGGAUUUGGCGGAGCUUUGGUCAAUUUUCGGCCCAGGCGUUGCCGGAGCUGUGUUUGGCGCCGGAUGGUGGUUCUGGGUUGACGCCGUUGUCUGCAGUUCUGUUGCCGUCUCCUUUGUCCACUACCUCCCAGGUAUUUUUGCUUCUUUUGCGGCUUUGAUGUUCAAUUGCGUUCGAAAAGAAGACAUCGAUUAUUCUCCAUACGAGGAGGGGGAAUGGAGGUUGAAGCUUUGGCUCUUCUUCGCUUAUGUGGUAUCAUUCGUUUCAUUAGCAGCAUCGGUUGGACUCUUGAUACAAGAUUCAGUAGUAAAAGCCGGGCCAUCAGUGUGGACAGGAGUUGCAGGAGUGUUGCAGUGUGUGUUUGUGUUGGUUAGUGGGUUGAUUUACUGGACUUCUCACUCGGAGUAAGUUGGAAAAAAUUAUGCACCAAGGCAAGAUCUCAAAAGCUGAAGAGUCUACCAACUGUAUAGAGCUCCAGUCUGCACUGCAAUGUCGAGUAAUUUGUUUGUGUCUAUUGACCUGAACCCGAGAGCCUUUUUACUUUUUGUAAAUGUCAUGUGUUAAAUCAUAAGCUGAAACUAUGUCUAUAUGUCUUUAUGAAUUCAAUAUAAGUGAGCCAGAUAUUUAAUGUUUAGACUUUUGUUC